AUGACAAACAGCGCGGCCGGCAAACGUCCCUCGGAAAAGGGCAACUACCGCGGCCAGCUGGGCCGAUUUCGACUGAAUCCAACGGUGUCUUCGUCGCAGAAUCCGACCUCCUCGCCGCAACAGAGCAGUAAUAAUAAUAUUAUUAUUAGUAACAUUUCCACCCCGGUCUCCCAGCGGGCAGAACCGGCCGCCAGCUCGGUGUCCUCGACCAGCACCGCGACUUUGAGGCGGCGUGCUUCAAGGUCAGACAGUCUGGAGAAUGGCAACCCAGCCAUUGAUCGCGACACUCACGUUUCCAAGAGCAAGCGGGUUUCGACGGCGUGCGAGUUCUGCAGGAAACGGAAAAAGAAGUGCGACUUUCGAUAUCCGAACUGCUCCGCUUGCACCCGCGCCGGUGUUGUUUGCACUGUACUCACCCUGGGCCAAUCUGUUGCCAAUCAGGCAGUGCCCCGAGACCAAAUCGAGAAUCUUGAAAAGCGAGUGGAAUGGCUGGAAGAAUUGCUGCGAACGCAGGCCAGUUUAGAUGUAUCGGGAAAGUCGACAGGCUCGGCAGUUGAGGAUAGUAUUCAGGCCGAAUCACCACAUACCGAACCGUGGUUUCGUGUUCCAAAGAUGCUCACGCAACCCCGGGCGGGAAUUGGCUUGACUGCUGCAGACGAUACCGCCGAAGGUCCCAACUCAACGACUUUACCGUCUUUGGAAGGGGGCCAGUUGCCCAACAUUUCCGAGAUAUUUCGCGAUAAGUUAGAGAAUCGCCAGAGCAUUGUUCCCCGUUCCUCAACAUCAGUCUUACCCCAAGUGCGUCGCAUGUCAUCCUGGGACGAAGCCGAGGAAUUAGUGAAUAAAUACUUUGAUGGCUUGGGAACCCAGUAUCCGUUUCUACACAAACCCGACUUCAUACGUGGGAUGAGAUGUAUAUAUCAGAAUCAACCAGUUGCCCCAGAUGUGCAAAAUUCGUAUCAUAUCACGUUGGCUGUUGCCCAUCUCACGACCACCAACGACAUUCAGCAAGCCACAGCCUUUUAUAGGGUUGCUAGUGAGACGUUAACCCCUACACUACAAAACGAAGACCGUGUCUCUUUGCAGGCACUGCUGAGUCUAGCAUUGUAUUCUCUUUCGUCUCCUGCGGGACCUAGUAUAUGGCAAGUCUUGGGGACAGCCAUGAGGCUCGCCACUAGCUUGGGUUUACACAAGGCUCGACUACCGACGACCAAUACAAAGGAUAUGGUCGACUAUGAAAUGGAUAAACGUGCUUUUUGGAGUCUCUAUAAUCUUGACCGUCUAAUCUCGGUCACGCUAAGCAGGCCAUUGGGAAUAUCAGACGACGAUAUCACAGUAGACAUGCCGUUAGAAUUCGAUGAAAACUGGGUCGAAGCACCACGGAAUUGCAACAUGUCGAUAUCUGUGCAGGUUGUCAAAUUGCGUCGAAUCUUUUCAAGGAUUUACCGAUGCUUAUAUAAUCCUCAUGCCGAACUCGCUACGGAUGUUACUUCAAUCCUAGAAGCGUUCCAGCAGGAGCUUAACGACUGGCGCACGUCCGCCCCUGUUAUACAAUCAUGUCUACAUUACUCGACCAGCUACUACGACUUUCUCUACUACUCAGCCCUACUACUUCUAUACCGCCCUUCCACUCUCAACCCGAACCCGGACAGCACUUGUAUUGUAGGAUGCGGCGAGGCCAGCAUCCUCGUCAUACAGUCCUUUUGGGACAACUACACUGCCGGUAAAAUAAAAUGGCUUUGGAUUACCUUGUCCCACGUGUUUACUGCGGGUGUCACCAUACUCUGGUGUCUCGAGCAAGACAUUCGCGCAGUCCGCCACGGCAUGCCUCCGCUCUGGGGCAACCCACAGGUAUACACAAUGCUCGACUUUGUACACACUCUUCUUGACGAGUUUCGAAAGAAACGACAAGGCGCGGAUCGAUUAAUCAGCCAAUUUAAGAGCCAGAGUCAGCAAGUUACCUAUCGUAUGGCCCAGGCCACCGCAGAGCAGCAGCGGCAGCAGCAACAACAAGCGCUGGAGACGAUCCAGCAGUUACAGACCACUGCUACUUACAUACCUAGCACCAUACCCACCACCAUACCAGCCACUAUGCCGGCAGAUCAGAUGAUGAUGGUCCAUCCGAUGUUUUAUAGCUAUGGAUGGGCAGGACAAGAAAUCGCAUCUUUCUACGGAUUGUAA